ACUGUCAUUAGCCCUAGGAAACUCAACCAGAUAUUCAACAAGUCACUAAGCGAACUUAUAUUUUCUAAAAAUGAAUAAUCUUAAUUCGCCACCCUCCAAAGCUAUGAAAAAACGAAUCGGAAUUUCCAGAAGUGUGUCCAUGACGAAGAUGCAACCUCCGGAAAAGCGGAAGCGUCUGGAAAAUGCAAUGUUAUUGGAAAUAUGGCGCAUUGAAGUUGAUCAAAAACAGGAGGAUUCUGGAGAUAACAUUAUCACUAACAAAGUAUUUAAUGGAUAGUUUGGAUGACACUGGCAUGCAAAUGCGUACCUCUAAAUUGAAUUAGCUGUGAUAAAUUUCGAUUAAAUGGAUGCUCGUCAAAAUGUUGAUUAUGUUUUUCCUUAAAUUAGUUGCGACUGCACUAAUAAAAUUUGAUGGCGCCUAAAUUGGAUUAUUGAUACACUUAAAUUAUAAAUUGGAUUCGCUGCAGUUCUACAAAACUUGGAAGUUUCAUUCAUCAAUAUUUAUUAUGCUUGUGUUUUCAUAAUGCACCUUGAUGAUUGCAUGGCGGUUGUUGGAAUUAUAAAUAUAUGUUUUCCGUAAAAUACCUGAAAAUACGCAAGGUUGUGUGGCUGACCAGCGCGGAGUGACCAUCUUCAAGACAGGAAUAUUAAGUGAUUGCAUGCACACAAAUGUGAGGGCAACUCAAUUACGGAAGCGUUUUGCGCCAUGUGGCGCCGCCAAGAAUUUCAUUUGGCUGGCAAGUCACGUGAUGUGCAACAGCAGCAGUCGCUGGUUGCGACAUGGUCAACUGGCACAUGGCAUUCCCAGUGGCACGCUCCAGGGGCAUCAAUAUUCCCGACGCUGGACGCGCAUGGCCACCUUCGGCGAGGCAAGGCAGUCGUCGCUGGGCCAGCAAAGCUCCCAAGAUGCACUGCGAAAAAUGUCCCCAUGUAAGGGGCAGUCGAUGGCUUCGAGUCGGCCACAUUGGACACUGGACAUUGGACACUGGACAUUCCAUUGGCCUAACGAAGUUACCUCCAUUUGCAAGCAGUCUCGUUCAUCAGGAGCAGCAUAAUCCAACGAUUGCAACGAAAUUUAAUUAUAAUUGCCAUCGAGAAAGAUGCAAAAUGCCUGCCUUUUUUGGCAUGUGCCUGGGAUCUGGGCGGAUUUGGGUGACCUGGAAGCCGGAGAACUGGUAGCCAGGCAGCUUAGGUCUUAAUGGAAGCCGAGGACACAGAAGUGGGAUCAUGUUUAAAGAAGCUUCCGACGUGAUACCGAAAAACAAUUGCAAAGUGGUAAGUGGUAAGUAGCAACUCUGAAUGCCGCACUUUGACACGGGAGAACUUUUUCGUCAGCUCGUUUGCCGCCCCCACGAAAUUGUGUAUUG